CUACAAAUCUAUUACAUUUAUUGAGCUUGAAAAGUCAAAAUGUCUGACGCACCUGCAGCCACUGCCAGUGGUCAUGUAUCUGACGAUGAAGAAAUCACCCCAGGAUACAUAGCUCCUGCUAAGAAAUCAGUAGAGGAGAUUGCUGAGUUGGACAAAGAUGAUGAAGCUCUGGUAAAAUACAAACAGGCUCUUCUUGGUGAUGCUGUUGGACAAACUGGUGCACCACUGCAAGUCUCUGUCUUGAAGAUGACCUUUAUGUCAGAAGGAAGAGAAGAUAUUGAACUAGAUCUUGCCGGAGAUUUGUCGAAGUUGAAAGAGAGCAGUGUUGUUAUCAAGGAGGGCUGUGAAUACCAGCUCAACUUCUCUUUCCAUGUUGCCGGUGAAAUCGUAUCGGGACUUAGGUUCCAACAAAACAUCUCUCGAAAAGGAAUUCCAGCCAGCAAACUUAACCUGAUGUUGGGAAGCUUCGGGCCACGUGACGCCAACCACGAGUUUAAAACUCCCCUGGAUGAAGCCCCAAAAGGUGCCCUCUGCAGAGGAAAAUACCACGCCAAAUGCAAGUUCAUUGACGAUGAUAAAACAGUCCAUCUUGCCUGGGAGUGGACCUUCAAGAUCCAAUCAGACUGGUAACUAGUAGGAGAAAAUAUUGAAUAGUCCAGCUCACCACGCAAAACCACCUGUUUUUAAGAUUUUUAUUUGUUAUGAACCGAUAUAGCGUUUCAUACAUCGCACGGGAACAAACUCUUAUAGAUAUAUAUCUGCACAACAACUUGUCUUAUUGUAUAUUGAUAUCGUAUGUAGGAUUUAAAUGAGCUGUGUUGUAAUGGACUCGCCCGAAUUGAUAUGUUAAUUAUUUCACUUCGGAGAAAAAUUCUAAUAAAUGGAUGGAUUAUAAUUUACCCUUUUGAUACUUUUGAUAACAGUUUUACACGGAAAAGAAUUGAUGAUGACAAUUUUUGUAGCAUUUUGAGAGGACAAUUUCGUAUUGGAAUACCUCGUUUUAAUAAAAUUAUGGAAUUGUUCAAGAUUCGAUAUAGGUCCUUUCUAGGUUAUAUAAUUUGCUCGAUACUUAAAUCAUUUCAUUAAGCUUGACAAAUUUUGUGUACUGUUAGCUACAUUAUAAUUGAUUUCGUUAUAUAA